AUGAAAUCGAUCUUCGAACAUCUCUGGAAGUUCAUCUUUAUACCAAUAUUUGCUGUUUCAUGGAAUCUCUUUGGAGAUUCAUCGUCAUCGUCCCUUCAAAUGAGCUUUGCUCAACUCUCCGUUUCAAUGUUAAUCUACUUUCUUUGGCUAGACGAAUGGAUGGUGUGGCUUCAAAUUCAGUUAAGAGACGCACGGAUAAAUGCGACCGUUCCCGAAAUUCCCUUUAAAGCUGUUGAAAAUUGUGUAUGCCCUAGAAAUCUAUUGGGAAGUGGCGCCUAUGCUAACGUCUAUCGUGUUGACACCAUGAACCAGGAACACCCUAUGGUUUUGAAGCUUUUGCGAGUCGGUGAAGAUCAAUCGAUCGAAGACAUCGAAAGAAAUAUUGAAAAUGAGAUCAAGCUGAGAAAGAUGAAACACCGGCUUCUCGUGAAAUAUUUGGGAUGUGUGAAGAAAAACAAUAAUGGAGUAUUGCAAUCUGUUGGGAUUUUGAUGAAGUUCGUCGAGAGAAAAUCCUUAAAAGAAUUGAUUUUCUCAUCAAAAUACAGCUAUUCGAUGUACACAGUCGCAUGUUGGAUGGAACAGCUUUUUUCAGCCCUAACUUAUUUGCAAAAACAGCAAAUCAUCCAUAGAGAUAUCAAGCCCGACAACAUUCUGGUGGACGAUUUUUACUAUUUGAUCUUGGCUGAUUUCGGAAACGCCAAACUCGAUGUGGAUCUUGGAACUGAUGGCGACAUUUCUGGUUCUUACGUGGGCACUUAUAGAUAUAAGUCCCCGGAAGCGAGCCCAAACUUUGCUGACGGAGGGCAACGGAUGAGCUAUCGAAGCGAUGUGUACUCGACUGGAAUCGUUAUUUGGGAAAUGAUUGAAAGAAGGAAAAUUUUUAUGAUGAAAUAUGUGUAUAAACAAGAGGAGGAAGAAGAAAGGAGGAAGGAAGAAGGAGGAGGAGGAAGGAAAGAGGAGGAGGAGGAAGAAGGAAAGAAGGAGGAGGAGGAAGAAGGAAGAAGGAAGAAGGAGGAAGAAAAACAACGAUUUGAUCAAAUGGCGUUUUAUGAUGAUAUGCGCUCCUCAAAAAAUGCUCUCGAUCUCGAUCCCCUCGACGCUCCUCAAAACUUUAUUGAGCUUGUUAUUUGCUGUACUAUUUUCAACAUGAAAGCUCGUCUCAACGCGUCGGAGGCUCUCGAUUACUCGACGACCAUAAAAAAGACCUAUGAAACAUCGGAUGUUUUAUGGGAGUUUUUUCCUAAGGAAACAAAUCAUGUCGAAAACUCACCAAUUAUAAAGCCAAAAGAGAUCAAGUGGAUAACACGAGAAGAGCAGCACAAAGUUUUCACCAAGAAU